CCGGGGCUGGGGCCCUAGCAGGACUGUGAACAUUUGGCCAGCUUGGGUUGGCCGCCUGGCAAGGACCGGGUUCUGAGAAGCAAUGGUGACGAGGGCCUUUGUCCUGUUGGCCGUCUUUGCGGAAGCCUCGGCAAGAACAUGCACUCCUAAUAAAGCAGAUGUCAUUCUUGUGUUUUGUUAUCCCAAAACCAUCAUCACCAAAAUCCCUGAGUGUCCCUACGGAUGGGAAGUGCAUCAGCUGGCGCUCGGAGGAGUGUGUUACAACGGGGUUCAUGAAGGAGGUUACUACCAAUUUGUAAUCCCAGAUUUGUCGCCUAAAAACAAGUCCUAUUGUGGAACCCAGUCUGAGUACAAGCCCCCCAUCUACCACUUCUACAGCCACAUUGUUUCCAAUGACAGCACAGUGAUUGUAAAGAACCAGCCUGUGAACUACUCUUUCUCCUGCACCUACCACUCCACCUAUUUGGUGAACCAGGCUGCCUUUGACCAGAGAGUGGCCACUGUUCACGUGAAGAAUGGGAGCAUGGGCACAUUUGAAAGCCAAUUGUCUCUCAACUUCUACACUAAUGCCAAGUUCUCCAUCAAGAAAGAAGCCCCUUUUGUCUUGGAGACAUCUGAAAUUGGUUCAGAUCUGUUUGCAGGGGUAGAAGCCAAAGGGUUAAGCAUUAGGUUUAAAGUGGUUUUGAACAGCUGUUGGGCCACACCCUCAGCUGAUUUCAUGUAUCCUUUGCAGUGGCAGCUGAUCAACAAGGGCUGCCCCACGGAUGAAACAGUCAUCGUGUAUGAGAAUGGGAAAGAGCACAGGGCGACCUUCCAAUUCAAUGCCUUCCGGUUCCAGAACAUCCCCAAACUCUCCAAGGUUUGGUUACACUGCGAGACGUUCAUCUGUGACAGUGAGAAGCUAUCCUGUCCAGUGACUUGCGACAAACGGAAGCGUCUCCUCCGAGAUCAGACAGGGGGCGUCCUGGUUGUGGAGCUCUCCCUCCAUAGCAGGGGACUCUCAAGUCUCUAUAGCUUCUCAGAUGUUCUCUACCACCUCAUCGUGAUGCUGGGGAUUUGUGCUGUGUUAUAGACGACAGCCCGGCAGGCAGCUACAGCUCCUCUACCAAGAUCAUCUCCUCUGUUGAUGACAAGCUCACAUUUAUUGUGCUGCCAAAAAGAACAAACAGAAGACCGUAUUGUUGGGGAGCAGAGAAUAGCACUUUGCCAAAUAUGUGUUCCAAUGAUUUUUGUGAAUUUCAGUGAUUGCCUUUCUUUGGUGCCCCACUUCCUCUUGUGACUUCCUGUGGCUCUUAGAUCCUGCAGUCCCUCUCCUGUACCUGGCGGAGGAGUUUCCUUGCCCCAUUCUCGAGUCAGGGCUGCGGUGGACUCCUUUGACAGCUAUAGUACUGUUAAAAGACCAGCACAGCCAACCAAGUGCAACUGAGCAUUUUGAGGCGCAUGUCGGGCAUAACCACAAAGUCAGUGGUAAGUACAGGACACAGAGGAAUAGCCAACUUUGCUGAAAUGGUCUUUGUCAUCGAUGCUGUGCAACUCUUUUCUAAGAACCAGGGCAGAGCCACCAGGUAGGGGGGGUCCAAUCUUUCAAAUGAUGAUAUGGGAAUCAGAGAGGAACACAAUAGUUUUGCUCAAACCUGAGUAAUAUAAAGGAAAACAGUUAUUGAGAACCCUGCAGUGCUAACCUAAUUUGUUUUUAUCAUAGGACUUCUUAAAUAUGUAUAAACAUUAUAUAGAUAUAAACUCAUUUUUGUAACUGAUACUUAUUUCUAAAAUCAAAGGAAAAUUAUAAGUUAAUUAGGAAUAAAGCAACAAAAAAGAAUAAAACUCACAUUGACAUGAAUUUAACAUCAUAAUGUGGUCUUCCCUAAAUGAAACUGCCACUUGCAACAUGACUAGGGAGUGACCUCCAUGACAGGGUCUCUGCAGCUUGUUAACCCAAUCCUACCGUAUACCUUGUGAUGCUCGACGCUCUCACUAUUUUUUACUAUUUGCUCGAGAAAGAAAUCUUCAUUUGUACAGAAUGGUCUGACCUCAUUUAGCCUUUACUUCAACAUUCAAGCCUGUAUCUGUUUUUGUUCCAUUAACUUAUAAUCAUUAGAAUCGAACCAACAAAAAAAAUCAGAAACACAAAUGCAAAUAUGACCACUGGAAUCACGUGGUGCCACACCCUGGUAACACGGCCACCCCAGUGAUCCAGAAUAUGUCAAUAUUAACGCUUUACAUUGUCAACAAAGUAAAAACAGCACAAAACAAUCCUGGCGGAGAAUUGGCAGAUCCCUGAGAACGUAAGGUGGACCCCGGUUUGAGGCUAGAAGCUGGAGUGUAACAGAAGCCAGAGCUCUAAGUUCUUUUUCUUAGUCUUGUACAGAGUUAAUUAGUAGGCUUAUAAUUUGAAAACACAUCAGUUUGUGUCUCUAUAUAUAAUGUAUUUAAGAAGUUUUGAGAUAAGUAGUUUGAUGGUUCUUUUACAAUUGUGUUAGUGAAUUCAGAAAUUAAGCUGGUUCUCCAAUCUCUGGAGACACGGAGUACACGUUUGUUUAGCAAUAGCUAGAUUAAAACCACUCAGUAUAGUCUAAACUGGGCUCAAAACUGGUGCUCCAACCAGGGUGAGAUCUCAUCUUCCUACAAAUUCUGAAUUUUUGUAAUCAGAAAGGUUAAAAGACAUAUUUUAUUGGUCCUAAUAAAAAACUCUUAAAUAGCAUACUGUUAGCCAUAGUCAUAAAUCCUUGGCUGUCAGAGUAAAACAACCUUGUAUUAGUUUUGCUUUAUUUUAUCAUAAUGCUUAAUGAUCUUGUAUUUCUACCUGGUACUAUGAAAUGAAUAAAAUGCCUUAAAAUAAAUAACCUAUGACUGCAGCUCACAGUGGUAAUAUAUCAUGUUGAUGGCCAAUUCCUCAACCCUCCCAGGGGUUGAUACAGCUAGGGCUUCUUAGACUCCCAUCUAUACCACAGACUUUCUAUCAUUCUAUCCUA